AUUUCACAACAGUUGUAACCUCAAAAGUAGUGAAUCACUUGACAAUUAAGUCAUACGUAGUUGGUUGAAAUAUUUUUAUAAUAAAGUUGUGGGUUAUAUGCUUCUAUAAAUUGGUUCGGAUACUAUAUUGAAACCAUUAGAAUACUAUUUGUUGAGAUAAGUUUGUUAUCUUUAACGAAAUAAAUGUAAUACGUAGUAAAAAAAUAUAUUCCGGGAUUAAAGCUAUUUAAUAAAAGUGUAAUUUGUACAGACAGACAGGCAACUUCAUUUACAAAUAUGAUUCUUCCUUUUUAUUGCCGCUUUCGACAGUUACAAGUUUCCUAUUAUAAUGAAGUGUGCAGUUACUACUAAUCAACAUUUACCACAAUAUUCCCAUCUCUAGAUAAAUUUUUAAUACUACAUGGAUGUAAGACGCGUGCUCAUUAUUGAAAGAAUUCAGUCUACAUCGUGUAUAUAAUCUUUGGUCUACUUUUGGAGCACUAUGAAAUUAAAUACAUAUUUUAAAAUUUACGAAUUUUAAACUCAUCUAAUGGUUAACUGUACGUUAAAAGGGUUGUUGCCUAUAUCGCAUAUGCAAAUACCGCCUUUAUUCAUUGAUAGCAUAGAAAAUAACGUUGAUUGGCAGUAUCUAUUACGCUCAAUAUAUGUAAAUUCACCCUUAUAUUAUUUGCAUUUGUAAGGUUAUGUUUUGAUUUGAUCUGAAUUGUUUAGGUAUUUAUAAAUAGAUUCUUGUAUGUAUUUAAAGUAUGUCUAAAGUCCUCAUUUGAAUGAUUUAAAUAUUAUUAUUCUUUGUUAAUUCAAUUUCAAUAAUGGAAACUUUGGCAGAAACAAAAUUUUGUAAAUAUUGCAUAGAUAAAUUGGAGUUAUGUGGAGAAGAAGGACUUGAGUGUAUAAUUUGUAAAAAGAGUGUUCAUUUAAAAUGUUUAAAAAGAGGUUCAGUCCCUGGUGGACUUUAUGGGGAUAUAUUUUUUAUAUUUACGUGUUUGGAGUGCUCAGAAAACCAAAGUGAACUUUUCAAAAGAAUAAGAUUGUCCUGGCUUCAAGUAAUAGUAUUAGUUUUAUAUCACUUACAACAUAAAAGUCCAGGAUUAGCAAGGAAAGGAUUUUUUCAUUGGAGACAUCAUGUGGCUACUUUUGUAGACAAAAAUUGGGAAAUUCUAUUUCCAAGUGAUUUCAAGAGAAAGAAAAAAUGGAUGGGAACAAUAGCGGGAACACUUUCACAUUUCAAUAGAUAUAUUUUUUUAUCGGGAAUAUCAGUAUUUAAUGAACCUGCUUUUUGGGCUUUGAUGUAUCCGAAAAUUACUCCAUUCGCCAUAUCAAUUGUCUAUUCCACCAUGGUUACAGAGAAGCAGAAUAUAAAAAACCAGAAAAAAACACUCAUUCCAGAAGCAGAAUUGUUUUAUAAUCUAUUGUGUAGUAUAGUAACUGAAUCGGAGCUACUUCAAAAUUUCAAUAUCAAUAAUUUACUUCAAUCAAAACAAGAACUGAAGCAAGAAGAUAUUGAACUAACGGAUCUAGCAUUAGAAGAUACUCAAAAGGAGGUAAAAUUAAAACAACAGAAUAAAAGAAAAAUUCUAAAAUCUCUUGGACAGUCCUCGAGAAAAUUAAUGAAACUUGCUACCUCAUCUUCUCCAUUGAUGGACGAUGUUACCCGUUUUACUUUGGAUUUGCAAGAAACCAGCAAUUCUCCUAAUUCAGAUUCAAUUAUCGAAGAGAAACUGCCAAAAGAAAAUUUGAAAUUGUUGGAUCCAUUUUGUCAUUACAACACUUCAUUGAGGAAUCAUUCAAGUAUAAAAAGAGUCUCUCUCCAAACCAAACUUACAGGAGGUGUAAGAGAAGAACUGAUUUUAUCUCCUUACAGUGGUAUUUAUCUAAAGCCGUACAUAUAUACAGACUCGGACGCAGAAACAUUUCCCACGUGGUUGAAGUUAAUGGCGGAAAUUCAAAUAGCAGCAAAUAAACAUAACAGAGAAGAAUACGUUCUACCACCUCGUGGUCCUAUUGACUACGCUUAUGUUCAGCCCGAACAUAUUCCAGCUAUAAAUAGUCUUUGUAAUCAAUUUUUUUGGCCUGGAAUCGACCUGACAGAAGCUCUACAAUAUCCCGAGUUCAGUUGUGUGGCAUUAUAUAAAAAACUAAUUAUAGGAUUCGCUUUUCUAGUACCUGAUGUUAAACAUACAGAAAGUUAUAUGUCAUUCUUGUUCACAAGACCUCAUUGGAGAAAUUGUGGCAUUGCGACAUUUAUGAUCUAUCAUCUUAUACAAACUAGUUUACACAAGGACAUCACCCUUCAUGUCGCAAUGGACAAUCCAGCAUUGUUGUUAUAUCAAAAAUUUGGAUUCAAAGUAGAAAAUGUAGUAUUGAAUUUCUAUGAUAAAUAUUUGAGAAGUGAUGUGAAAGAAUCUAAACAUGCAUUUUUUUGUAGAUUAGAAAGAGAUUUUUUAUAAAGUUGCUUUAGAUAAAAUUAAUUAAUUUUUAGAUUAUGCUACUACAUUGUUAAAAAUAAUAAACAACUAUAUUUUUUCAACUAAAUAUUGAAUUACUAGGACGUCAGCACGAGGCAUGCAGCAAAUUCGGCCAAAGGGGCCCUCGGUUUGUUUCAGGUUCUUAAGUUUAUGGUAUUAAACCCAGUUGAGAGAAAACCGAACAUGUGUGUGCGUGACAACCCGAAGCGGUUCUGUAUGAAUACGUAUACAUAUCUGUGUGCUUGUAAUGAUGCCAUUUUUUGAAAGAAACUCCCUGUAUUUUUCAUUACUUUUACAAAUCAAGUUGCUUUUUUUAAUCUUUUGGCAGUAAAGCAAUUUCAAAUAUAUAUUCUUGUUAGUAAA